AUGUCUAAUUGGAGUUCUGAUGAAAAAAUUGAUGAAGAAAUUGAUGAAAUGGUAGAGGAGGAAGUUGAUGAAAUGGUAGAGGAGAUCCAAUACAACUACUCUCAUCCAGAAGUACCAACAGCUCCUAUAGUCCGAAGGGUGCACAUUAAUAGAAACCGCGAAGAAGGCCACACUCGAUUAUGGAAUGAUUAUUUUAGUGAGAAUCCGACUUACAUUCAAGAUAUGUUCCGCCGUCGCAAUAGAAUGAACAAACCAUUGUUCAUUCAUAUUGUUAGUACUAUUGAGAAUGGAGUCUCAUACUUCAGACAAAGACGAGAUGCUACUGGACGGCUCGGUCUUUCAGCACUUCAAAAAUGCACAGCAGCUAUCCGUAUGAUGGCAUACGGAUGUGCGGCAGAUGCGGUGGAUGAAUAUUUACGACUAGCUGAAACAACCGCUUACAAAUGCCUUGAAAAUUUGUAG